UCAAGCAAACCACAUUUAUUUUAAAGAUAGUUUUUUGUUUUUUGUAAUGGCAUAGUAAUCUGAUCAAUCACAAGACAAUCAGAAAAUAUUUUUUAAAACUUGUAAUAUGUCUAAUAAAGUGUUCACAUGUCUAAGAACGUAUUAUUCCUUAAGCACUUGCAAAAAAUUCUGUGGUGUUUACUAAAUAAGAGCGUCUUUAUUUAUUAUUAGGCUACUUGGGAAAAAAAAUCAUGCCGUUUAAGGAGCCAUAGAUGUAGCUACAGUAUAUUUCCAAUGAGUUUAACUAUGGCUAUUACUGAAAUAAACCUCUUUUCAGAAAGAAUUGUCGUGCAAAACACUGACCUCGUGGCAUAUUUUCGACACCGCAGCCCUGACAGAUAUAAGUUUGAAAAAAAAUCACAUUACAAUAGAACGAGUGGCUACGGCUAGGACUAGCAAAACAUCUCGACAGCACAGGUAGUUCAUUUAAGCAUGGAUUUGGACAAAUUAAUCGUUUUCCAAAUACAAUGUGGCUGAAAAUAUCAUGUGUGAAGCAGGGGAGUGGUUUCGUUCAGUUAAGAAUAGCCUACAUGCGCUUUGAGAGGAGACAGGCAACAGUUCGGACAGCAGACCUCACUGUGUCUCCAGCAGACCACAUCGCUCCCCACUGUCUCCGUUCACUGCAUUUACUGGAACCGAGCUUGAUUUAAAGCUAACAAAGCUGACUUUACAUAGGAAGAACACGGCCUGCUUCUCUUGCAGUUGAAUGGAAAUAAAAGAGAUUCUGUGACCUUGGAAGAUGAAGAUGUUGUUGCCAUGGGAACUCUUAAUCCUGCUGUCACUCAAGAGCUGCCUAGCAGAGAGAAUUAUUCGACAUGGUCCAGUGUUCACGCAAGAACCCAGUGACAGUGUUUUCCCUUUGAGUGCAGAGGACAACAAGAUAUUUAUUAACUGCAAAGCCAAGGGAAGUCCAGAGCCACAUUACAAUUGGAAAUUCAAUGGAAAAGAUCUUGACAUUGACGUGGACUUCAACUACAGUCUUGCUGAGGGAAACCUUUUGAUCACUAACCCUGAGGCAACUAAACACGGAGGUGUUUACCAGUGUAUCGCCACUAAUGCAUUUGGAACCAUUCUGAGCCGAGAAGCUAAAGUGGAGUUUGCAUACCUGCAGAAUUUCAGCAGCAAGGCCAGAAGUCCAGUAUUAGUGAGGGAAGGACAGGCUGUUGUGCUCCUGUGCGGUCCGCCACCCCACUUUGGAGAAAUCAGAUAUUCCUGGAUAUUUAAUGGCCGCCCCAGCGUUGCUGUUGGGGACAACCGACGCUUUGUGUCCCAGAGGACUGGAAAUUUGUAUAUCGCUAAGGUAGAGACGUCAGACGUGGGCAACUACACAUGUGUGGUGAGGAACGUGAUGACCAACACGACGGUCUACAGUUCCCCAACUCCAGUGGUGUUACGUCGGGAUGCUGUAAUGGGGGAAUAUGAGCCAAAGAUUGAAGUCCAGUUUGACAAAAUGCUCCACGUUGCCAAAGGAUCAUCGGUUCGACUGGAGUGUUUCGCUUUAGGAAAUCCAGUGCCUUCUAUUUCCUGGAAGAGAGCAGACGGAAGCCCCUUCCCGGGAAAAAUGAAGAUAAAUCACUCAAAUGGUGUCCUAGAGAUCCCAUAUUUCCGUCCAGAGGAUUCUGGACUUUAUGAAUGUGUGGCCGAAAACUCCAAAGGACGCAGUAUUGCAAAAGGACGUCUUGUUUUUCAAAAUGUGGAACACCUGCAGUGGUCGCAGACUCUCUAUGACGCAAACAUGGCUAUUGAGUCUGAUCUUCACUGGGAGUGCAAGGCUAAUGGAAAACCUCAACCUGUUUACAGAUGGCUCAAGAAUGGACAGCCUUUGGUCUCUCAGGACAGAAUUCGUGUUGAUGGUAGCAGGUUAACCAUCUCCAACAUAAACCUGAUGGAUUCUGGGAUGUAUCAGUGUUUGGCAGAGAAUGAUAACGGAGUCAUAUAUGCUAGUGCUGAACUCAAAGUUGUGGCCUCACCUCCAGACUUCUCAAAAAACCCACUGAAGAAGAGCACACUGAUUCAGAGAGGCGGAGAAGCUAUCAUCGAAUGCCGGCCGCACGCGUCCCCCAGAGCUUCGUACUCUUGGAGGAAAGGCAAUGACUUCCUGAAAGACAGCAAGAGACGGACCAUUUUAGAGGACGGCACCAUCAGGAUCGUCAACGUUACCGAAUCCGACGCAGGGAAGUACACUUGCGUUGCCAGAAACCCCUUCGGUACAUCCAGCAGUUCUGGGACUUUAGUGGUCAAAGAACCGACCAAGAUUACAGUCCCCCCUUUGAGUAUGGAUGCCACAGUAGGGGAGAGCAUUGUCUUGCCUUGUGAAGUAUCUAAAGACUCCACUCUACACCCCGUCUUCAAGUGGUUCUUCAACGGGAAACUCAUCGAUUUCAGUAGACAUGAUCACUUCGGGAUGAUUGGAGGGGGAUCUUCUGGGGAUCUUAUGAUCAGAAAUGUGCAGCUGAAGCACUCUGGGAAGUACGUCUGCAUGGUGCAUACAGCAGUGGACAGUGUGUCUGCAGCGGCAGACUUAAUUGUCAGAGGGCCCCCUGGUGCUCCGGUGGGUGUGUUGGUGGGGGACGUCACAGAGACCGCUCAGCUCUCGUGGGGCCCCGGACCUGACAACCACAGUCCUGUUACCCUCUACAUUGUGCAAGCCAGGACCCCUUUCUCUAUCGGAUGGCAGGCAGUCAAAACUGUUCCUGAUUCUGUGCCUGGACAGAUGAUUCAUGCGACGGCAGUGAAUCUAAAUCCGUGGGUAGAUUAUGAAUUUAGAGUUGUGGCUAUCAACAGCGUGGGGGUGGGGGAACCCAGUGUGCCAUCCAAACCCGUUCGCACCAAAGCUGCAGAUCCUGAAGUCGCCCCAGCUAACGUGAGUGGAGGUGGAGGCAACCGAGGCGAACUCGUGAUUGUUUGGGAGCCUGUGCCGGAGGAGCUACAAAAUGGAGAAAAGUUCGGUUACGUGGUGGCAUUUCGUCCUCUCGGCACUACCACAUGGAAACAGAGCGUGCUGGCCUCGGCUGACGCUUCACGAUAUGUUUAUAAAAAUGAUACUUUUCCACCACUCACACUGUUUGAGGUAAAAGUCGGCGUCUACAACAACAUCGGAGAGGGACCGUUUAGCCCGGUGGCCGUUGUAUAUUCGGCAGAUGAAGAACCCUCUGUUGCUCCUCCAAGAGUCUGGGCCCGUACUCUGUCUGCAUCUGAGAUCGAGGUAUUCUGGGAACCUGUCCACCAAAGCGGCAGCAAAGGACAGAUAACAGGCUAUGAGGUGCAGUGGUUGGAAGAUGGGUCGCCAGAAAGCGAUGCAGAGAGAGUAAGGGUCACGGAAAGCUCAGUCAAUAUCACUGGUCUGAAGGGAAGCACGAUCUAUCUGAUGUCAGUCAGAGCACACAACAGCGCAGGCACGGGGCCCUCCAGCGCCCCCAUCAGCAUCACCACCAAGAAGCCACCUCCAAGUCAACCCCCAGGGAACAUUGAGUGGAACCUGACAAACUCAAAGGUCUUUCUGAACUGGGAACAUGUGAAGGCGAUGGACAAUGAAUCAGAAGUAACUGGCUACAAGGUUGUGUAUCAUCAAAACUGGCACAGAGGAAGCGGUGUAGUGGAGACCAACAGGACGUCCGUGGAGCUUCAGUUGCCGUCAGAAGAGGACCUGCUCGUUCAGAUCAAAGCCCUGAGUGACGGAGGAGACGGCAGCAGCAGCAGCCCUAUACGUAUACCAAAGAUGUCAAGCCUGAACUCAAGGGGAUACUUCAGUUCAGACGCAAGCAAGAUGGCCCAUGUUCAUGGAGUAGUGUUUCUGAUGUUGUCGUGGGCGUUUUCAUAGAACUUUGCAUUUAUUUAAGCUGAAGUGUGUCUUUUCCGUGCCACUAAUGUCACUGAGUGGAAUUGCAAAAAUGACUACGGUUUCCCAAACACUGUUUGCCAGAGUGUAGAGAAAUCAAUCUAAAAAUGGCUUGCUUAAAAUUGUUGCAUAGAUAGGAGAAAGCAUUUUAACAUUUGAAAAAGUAAAUUACACACUUUGAUGGAAGCUUGUUUCCGCUAUGAAAUAAUAAAUAAAAAAGGUAAUUGCGACUUUUUAUCUCAUAAUUCUGACUUUUUUUCUCAGAAUUGCGAGUUUUAAAGUUAGAAUUCAGAUAUAAACUCGCAAUUGCAUGUUAUAAUGUGCAAUUGUCAGGGGGAAAAGACAUUUACAUCUCACAAUUAAGACUUUAUAACUCACAAUUGCAUGUUAUAAAAUCAGAAUUGCGAGAUAUAAACUCACAAUUCUGAGAAAAGAAUUGCGAGUUAAUUCUGUUAAUUAUAACU